CAUCACUACUUAGAUCCUCUCUGGCAUCAGCUUGGAGCUAAGACAAAAUCUUUGGUCCAGGAUUUGAAAAUGCUGCGUACUACACAGUAUUUAAGUCAGUAUGAUUGUGUCACUUUCCUCAAUCUUCUGCAGUCACUGAAAGCAAGUGAAAAAGCUUUUGCUGAGAAUUCAGGUUGGCUGUUUCUUGACUCCAGUACAUUGAUGUUUGUAAAUGCUCCUGUGAGAGUUUAUCACGUUGCAGAUGAGAAACUGAAUGAGAAAGGCAAAGUCUCUGGAAACAUGUAUGUAAAGAAGGAAAAUGAACUGAAAAAGGAAUUGGUUCUAGAAAGUAACCCAAAAUGGGAAGCUUUGAUAGAAGUAUGGAAUGAGAUUGAAAACGAGAAUAAGAACAGUGAAGACUUCGGUGGUCCGGGUGAGAAAAUACUAAAUAACGAGAAGUGCUUACUUGUGCCAGUGAUGACUGAGCUUGUGCACAGCUCAGGGAGUAUUUUACUGAUGGAGAAGAAGCCUUUUUAACGAGACUAUAUAAUAAAACUUUUGGAAAGGAUGAGAAAGCUGGAGAAGUGUGGAUUAAGGACAGAAAAACUGUCAAGUCCAAAGGAAAUGCCAGACCAGACACAGGGCCUCAAGCCAAAAAAGCCAAACUUGGAACUUCUUCAAAACAAAACAAACAGAAGAAGCAGCAAGACUGGACUAUAAUCUAAAUGAUAGGGAAAACUGAGGAGGAAAACAAAGAGGAGUUGGAUGUGGAAGAUAACAGAGUUAAACAGCAGCCAAGAAGGCAGUAUUGAUGAGACCAUUCCUGAAGAUUUCACCUAUGGACUUACCUUCAGAUUCUUACUAUGAUAUUUUCAAAAACUCAUUCACAAUUAUUCAUCUGUUGCAGGGUUGCAAUGAUCCCUAUGCUCUGACCAGGGUAUGGCAUGAAGUAGAACCAAGAUACAUUGUGUUGUAUGAUGCAGAGCUAUCUUUUGUUCAGCAGCUGGAAAUCUACAAGGAAGCAGACAUGGAAAGCCUCUGAGACAAGUGAACUUGGGUGUAUUUCCUCAUAUAUGGAAUCUCAACAGAAGAACAGCAAUACCUGACAGCUCUGAGAAAAGAGAAGGAAGCCUUUGAAAAACUCAUUCGGUGGACAGGAACAGAAGAGUACUCAACAAACUACAAUAGUGGACAUGCAGGAAUUUCUUAGUGAGCUUCUAUCAUCGUCAUGGUAUUGACAUUGAGCCUGUUACUUUGGAAGUUGGAGAUUAUAUCUUAACUCCUGAUGUCUGUAUAGAGCGGAAGAGUAUCAGUGAUCUUAUUGGUUCAUUAAACAGUGGAAGACUGUACACACAA